CUUUGGAUGUGAGAUUGGAACAAAUGAAUAAAAACGGAACCCAUUUAACGAGAGAAACCCUAAACCCUAGGGAAUGGAGAGCGGCGAUUACGACGUUGAGACGAAAAGAGAGAAGCUUAAAUCGGUUCUCUCUCAUCUCCUCGCCGAUCCGAUUCUCGCCGACGUUCCGAGGAAUCCAACACUCUCUGAUGUCGUCACUCUUGUCAGUCUUGAAAAGGGAAGCGCUAUGCGUCUCUCCGUCGUCAAGCUCGACGGCUCCUCCCUGGAUGUGGCGGUCAUGAAUUCAGCUACUUUGAAAGAUCUGAAGCUUUUGAUCAAGAAGAAAGUUAACGAAACGGAGCAAGCAAACAUGGGUCAUCGCCACAUUUCUUGGAAACAUGUAUGGUCAAACUUCUGUCUUUCGUGUAAUAAUGAGAAGUUGCUUGAUGAUAAUGCUCUUCUUCAAGAUGUCGGAAUCCGGAACAAUUCUCAGGUGACCUUCAUGCCAUAUGUGAUGAAGAAGGGUCGAGGAAGACACUCAAAGAGGAAGAAGCAUCGUCUCUUUCGUUCACUCCACAAGACUUCUUCUUGAAGCCUUUUAUAUGUUGGUUGACAGUCGUCUCGUCUCAGCAUGGAUGAAAUCAAACUAAUAGAUUACGUCUGUGGUUAUUGCACCUUAGAAUUCACCAGCAGCACAACACGCAGCAGAAACUAGUGGCGUCAAAGACAAUGAUCUUUAUUAGAGUGUGAGAAUAGGUUUAGCUAUAUUUGUAUUCACCCGGUUCAGUGUUAAAACUCUGUAUUUAUCGCUAUAAAAUUACUGGUGUAGCAAUGUGAAUAACAAGCAGAAAACUGCUAUAUUUUCAUUAUUAAUGAAACAAGAAACAAGAAAGUAGUUUGAGCUUCUA